AACCUGUGACCCAAGGACCUAUUGAUGCCAACUGGCAAGUGGCACAGGGAUGCCUUGGAUUCACCAAAAUGAGUCAUGUGUCAUGUGGGUCAUCAUAAUCAUUGUGAGAUGUAUGUACGGAAAAUGAAAUAAAAGCAGAAGCAUCGAGGCUGUCACCUGAAACUUGAAACUGUCUGCACAGCUAAGAAACACAAGUUUCAAACUGGAGAGCAGAGCGUCUUUCUAAGUACUAAAGCUGGGAUGUACAGCUUCCUUCUCUCUCUCUCUCUGUUGAUCUGGAGGAUUUUUACUGAAGUAAGCUACUAAGCUUCUGAGUCUCAAGCUUAGAAAAAGGAAAGAAAAUCAGAAGGGAAAAGGAAUAGCAAAUGAUGAUCUGCCAACAAUAUUAACUUCCCAUCACAGGAAAGAUCUAAUAUUUCAGCAUUUUUCUUCAGUUGUAAGGAGGGGGAAGAUACUGAAGUACAAAUGAACGCCAAAUACAACUUCAGCUAUCCUGGAAAUGAAAGCAACUGCAACAGUGAUAACAAAAUCAGUCAAGUUCUCUUUCCUUUGCUCUACACUGUUCUCUUUUUCGUAGGCAUUGUCAUGAAUGGCCUGGCGAUGCGGGUGUUUUUUCAAAUCUCCAGUAAAUCUAAUUUCAUCAUCUUCCUUAAGAACACAGUCAUUUCUGACAUCCUUAUGAUCCUGACUUUUCCAUUCAAAAUUCUCAGUGAUGCAAAAAUGGUGCCUUGGGCACUGAGGGGAUUUGUAUGCCAGGUCUCACAGGUCAUAUUUUACUUCACCAUGUACAUUAGUAUUUUGUUUCUGGGUCUAAUAACUAUUGAUCGCUAUCAGAAAACUGCCAGACCAUUUAAAACAUCAAGCACUAGCAGCUUGUUAGGCGCUAAGAUUCUGUCCACGGUAAUAUGGAUAUUAAUGUUUAUUCUCUCACUACCUAACAUGAUUCUGACAAACAAAAAACCCACACGUAAAACGGUGAAGAAAUGUGCUCACUUGAAAUCAGAGUUUGGGUUAGUAUGGCAUGAAAUUGUGAACUACAUUUGCCAGUUUAUCUUCUGGGUUAAUUUGGUCAUCAUUGUUGUAUGUUACAUACUCAUAACUAAAGAACUGUAUAAAUCAUAUAAAAGAACAAGAUGCACCAGGAAGGUGUCCAGAAAACCUGUAAAUAUUAAGGUAUUUAUCAUUAUUGCAGUGUUUUUUGUUUGUUUUGUGCCAUUCCAUUUUACUAGAAUUCCCUAUACCUUGAGCCAAACAAGAGAUGUUUUUCAAUGCUCUGCUCAGAACAUAUUGUUCUAUAUAAAAGAGAGCACCCUCUGGUUGACAUCUUUAAAUGCGUGCCUAGAUCCAUUCAUAUAUUUUUUCCUUUGUAAGUCCUUUAGAAAAUCCUUGAUAAACAUGUUGCACAAACACAUCAAGGAGCAGAACAAUGGAGAUAGUAGUGAUGAGACGCCAAUGUAAGGCUACAAAAUUGGGUCAAUAGCAAAUAAUAUAGGUAUUUACAUGCUUAUUAAUAAUAAAUGCCCAGGUCUUACUCCCAAUAAAAUCAAUGGUUAACUCCCACAUUACCUCUCUGGGAACUGAAUCUGUGCUAUUUGAAUCUAGGUUAUAUGACAGAAGCAUUCACAUACUGGAACAGAGGAACUACUGGUGAUGGCACCAAUGCAGCAAAGUGGUUAAGUGUAUGUUUAGUUACACUCAAGUAGUCUCAUGAAAGCCAGUGGGAAUAUUCUUGUGCUUGAGUUUUAAGCACAUGUUGGAUCCAGGCCUAUAUACUUAUUAAAACAAUUAUAAAGAAAUAAAAAAGUGUUUUAGUCAUAGAAUACUAUAGAUGAAUUUAUUAACUGUGAAAUGGUGAAAUCACGGCUCUCUUGAAGUUGAUGACAAAGCACACUGACUUCCAGUGAGAGCCAGGAUUUCACCCAAAUCAAUUAAAAUCUGAAAAAUGCAACUGAAGAAAAUAUCAAUAAGCCAGAUAUUUUUUUAAAAAAAAGAAAUCUAUCACCUUGCGUCCAAAUGCCAAACUACUAAGCAUAGGGGGAAAAAAAGCUAUUCACAUGUGCUGAAUUAACAGAAUGAAUAUUUCACUUCUGGCAUCAUACAUUUGCAUUUUUAAUGUUGCUGACCAUUUAUUAAUGACUGUAUACAGUAACAAAUGAUGUAUAUUAAGCACAUCUAUUUAGACUGAAGUUAAACCUUUGAGUACCCCAGAAUACAUUCUGAAAGACCAACCAAAAACCAUGGUUUUAGGGUAAGCAAUAUAUAAAUGGAAUUUGACCGUUUUCAAUAAAACUAGUUUUACACAAUAGUCCCUGGGUUUCAUGGGACAGAAGCACUGAAAAGGUUAAAUCAAUUAUGAAAGUUAACAUCAGUUUUUGUUUUCAUUAUACUAGAUUUCUAGCUAUGCUUUUUACUUACAGCUAUUAUGCAUUUUUGGUUUGGAAAAUGGGGAAAUCGGGAAUGCAAUUUUCAAUAACAAUUAUGUACAUAAUUCUGACAACAGAUGGCCCUAGGUUGCCAUAAACAACCACUGGCAGACUUAUUGCUGAUACAACUACUAACUAGACUCCAAGUCUAAAAAAUCUUUCACUGACAUGUAAGGCUUUGAUCCUACGAACAGAUAUUACCUUCUGUAUACUUUCUAUGACCACUGGAAGCACGCACAGGAGUAACUGUUCAUAGAAUGGAGACCAAACACUAUAUAACUUGUUAAAAUGUUCUUCAUUGGUACAUACAUUUUAGUACUGAACUUGUAAUACAUGUUUUAUGGUUUACUUCAUUGAUUCACUAAAUCAAGGGUAGGCAACCUAUGGCACGGGUGCCGAAGGCGGCACGCGAGCUGAU